ACGGGUCUGUAAUCUGAGAGCAGGAGCAGGGGGAUCAUUAGUCUAAACCUAGUGCUGUCUCGGAGAACCAGAUGUGCAGACACUCAGCGCGAGCAAGGACUGCUCGCGUAUCAUCUCUCAGCUCUGAUGAAAUCUCACUGCAGCGUGUAGGCACCCGGUCAAAAUCUAUUAAGGAGCGAUCUACAGAGGAAAUACAAGCAGGGGGUUUCUGCACGAGCUUUCAGAUCUCGUCUGGAUAUAUGAGCGGCAGAAUGUUUGUCAUACAGAAGAAAAAUCAGGCUGCACGCAAACCCUAAAGGAAACUUUUUCGGAGACCGGUGGACUUUUUUUUUUUUUUUUGCUGAAUGAAGAAACUGAAUAAUGAUGCUGUCUCUUAGAUUAUUCGCGGCGGUUUGUUUGGUUUAUCUCCGCCUCGGAGCGGCGUAUUUAGGUCCGCUAUACCCGGAGAUGUCCAACGGUACCUUCCAUCACUACUUCGUGCCGGACGGCUACUACGAGGAAAACGACGACCCCGAGCAAUGCCAGAUGCUCUUCAGGGUGAAAGAUGAGACCCGCUGCGUUCUGGAGGAAGACAACGACGCGGUGAUCCGCGACGACUUCACCAUCCUCAAGCGUCACGUGGAGGACGCGGCGCGCGUCCUCGAGGGCAUUGGCCGGAGCGUGGCGCUCGACCUGGACGGCGAUGAAAGCUAUGGCGAGUUCCUGCGUCGCGAGAGCGUGCAGAUCGGCGAGGCCUUCGCCGGCUCCGAGAAGUCGCUGCUCGAGCUCGAGGUGAAGUUCAAACAGAGCCAGGAGCAGGAGCAGCGCGACGAGCACCGCGUCAGCGACGACUUCCUCGCCAUGGUUGCCCACGCACGCGACGCGAUGCGCAACACGCUGGACGUGGCGCUCGCGCUCAAGGACAAGCACGAGCUGCUGUCGCUCAUAAUCCGCAGCCACGGCACGCGCUUGAGCCGCCUCAAAAACGAGUACCUGAAGGUGUGAACGCAAGCGCGUGCGAUCUGCCCUCAACCGGGGAAAUAAAGCGACGUCCAACUACUUGGGCAUUUUGGCUAACACAAUGCAGCUAUUUUGUGCAAUAACUAAAGACAGUUUUCAUUUAGAGUAUAAAUGAGCUGAUGAGCUGCAGCAGACUGGACAGGAUUCAACAAGUCCUUUCUUAAUCUAUCUUUUAAAGGAUCAUAUGAUACUCAGGCAUUGUGACAAUAAAAAGAACCAGGGUUUAAACACCUGUUCCAUCAUUUAGAUGAUGUCCAGGUAUUUAUAUGCAACGAUGAUAAUAAUAGUUUGUUUUUCUUUUGCUAGUAUUUGUCCAAGUGAUUUUUAGUCAUUACUUGAAUGUGCAUAUUCUGCAAAAAAAAAGAGCAAAUGGUCAACAGAUGAAAGGGUGUUUUUCUUAUCUAAAAAUUCAUACUCGUAUUUAGUUCCUCAACAUGUCCAGCUAAAUCCCCAGUGUUGAAUUCUCACCUCCAGAGUCCACUCCUCCAGCUGGAUGGAGCACAUAGUAGGUGUCAGUUUAACACUGAGGACUUUGCUCUGUAUUUGCAACAGUUAAACAUGCAGACUAACCUCCUGAAAUACACACUGCUUAAAUAUAUUAUGUAAAAUAGCGUUUAAUAUUAUUAUUAUUAUUAAAAAAAAAAAGGGAGGAGAGAAUAUAUUUGUUAAAGCUUUUGUUCCAUAGGAAACUUUUUUUCAAUGUUAAUAUGAGCUUUGAAAAUGUUAUACUGUGAGUGUCUAUAUUUUUUAAUGCAGAAACUGGCUAAGGUAUUCGUGGAAGCAGUUCUUGCAGUAUGAAUAUAUUUGUGCAAUUAUUCAUUGAAUGGAAAAAAACAAGACUGAGAUGACGUACCCUCUGACCAACCAAGAUAACUGCGGGCAGAAAUAUUGGACUUCAAAGCUUCUACCAUGUGUAGUUGCAUUCCUGAGAGGCUGUUUAUUCCACUUUGUAAUAAAAAAAAAACCUUUAAA